AUUUUUUGAUUUUUGGUAUUUGGAAAGUCGCCAUGACAUCUUGGACCUUCAAUUUUUCAACUUUCGCAUUUUUACUAAUUCUACCUAUUACGGAAGGAACUACUAAAUUCGAAUUCCAUGGGCAAUUAUUCUGCGAAAAAGAUAAUUUCAAUUAUCAAAUAACUAUUUACGAAGAUGACAUCUACAUUGACGAUAAAAUCUCUCACCUACCAUCCGUUUUGUCUUCAUCACCACACUUAUAUUCAGCCACUGCAAUUGACAAUUGGGAUGGUUUUUGGAAUAAUUUUUACGACCUCUACAUGAUUGUCACACACAAUUGUACAUCGAACGGCAAAAACAAAAUUCUUACAGUUAGCCUUGGGCAAUAUCCUGUAAAAGAUGGAGACAUCUCGUCCGAAAGAAAUAUUUUUGUGAACAAUGCCGGGAUCGAUACAGGUGAUGUUAUUGCCUGAUGUACGAUUUUUGUUUUUUUUUUCUAAAUUGUGUAUAUUAUUUAAUAAAGAUGUAAUUAUUGUAGUGAUGUUUUUGGAACUUAAAAUAAAUUUAUGAACUAU